CUGCAUCAAAUCUAAGAAAGAUUGUGCCCUGGUCUAGUUCUUGUGAAGCUCUAGUUAGCAUUCAGCAGCAGCACCUAUUCUAUUGGCGCUAUGGAUCCACAUGGGCCUGGAGGACCAGCUGGGGGAGGCCCUGGAGGGUGGGGUCCGGUACCACCUGGAGGGCCCGGAGGACCAGUUGGGGGAGGCCCUGGUGGGUGGGGUCCGGUACCACCUGGAGGGCCUGGAGGACCAGGUGGCCCUGGCCCUGGUUCUUGGGGGCCUGGAUUUCCGGGUGGCCCUGGCCCUGGUUCUUGGGGCCCUGGUCCGGAUUGGGGGUCUGGAUUUGGUGGCUUCUUCGGAUCCUGCUUCUAUCUUCUCUGCUGUUGCUGCCUGCUCCAAGACUGCUGCGGCCCUUUCUUCGGACACCCGGGCCCAGGCGGUCCACCGCCCCAUUUCUGAUAGUAUGCCGAGCCGGGGACCUUCUCUACGGUGACAAACUAUUCCUGGGCUAAAUAUAUUCGCUGAAGAACCCACUUGGGUGAAGCUGCUGCAUAUUUGAAGUUUCCCUUGCUACUGUACUAUGUAAAAACUAGCAAAAAUAAUGGUCUUGACAUCACUCUGUUGGUGAUCAUUGUUUCAGUCUUAAUUAGGUAGUACUCCCUCUGUAAAGAAACAUAAGAGCGUUAGAUCAAGAAAGUAGUGAUUUAAAUGCUCUUAUAUUUCUUUAUGGAGGGACUACCAGCCUACUGCGCCACAUUAAGUCCUCGUUUGUUUCUUUGAAUCUUAAUUACGCCAUUUAAUCUUGCACUGGAUGUACACUUGCUUGGCAUCGGAUGAGCAUUACUGAUUUUGUGCUGGAACUUACUAUUGUUAUGCGCCUUUGCUGUAUCAACAAGAAGCAGAGAAUAAUGUCUUUUGUAUGUACUUUAA